AUGGAGACAAUACGAAAACAGAUGAAGAAACAUCCAGGGCUCAUCCCUCAGUUCGUCUUCCUCACUGUGGGCAUGUCCUCGGCCCUGAUCUAUCUGGUCCGCCUGGCAAAAGGCCCUCACGUCACCCUUUGGGACAGAAAGAACAACCCGGAGCCAUGGAACAAGCUUGAUCCCACCUACCAGUACAAGUUUAUGGCUGUCACCACAGACUACAAGAGCCUGAAGAAGCAGGGCCCUGACUUCUAAAGGUCCUCCGGGCGACUGUGGAGGUUCACGCUCCGGGACGUCCCGCUGACAUGACACCCUGCCCUCAAAAUGUCUUCCCC